GCACUGCAGCAUAGAAACCUCCAGACUGAUCAGAGAUCUGCUGCUGAACACAGCUCUACACAACCUUUCUCUGUUUAUUCAGAGCUCAUUGCCCUUGGAGGAAGACAGCUGGAAAGAUGAGGCUGCUGAAAGGAGAGCUACCAACAAAGCUACUUGUGUGGACUGUUACUCUGUCAGUUUUAAUGAAUCCUAUUCUUACUGAUGAUAACGAUGAUGAUGAAGAUGACGAUGACAACGAUGAUGAAGAAAUGACUGUGUGUCAGGAGGAAGAUCAUGACCUUAGAGUGACCUGCCCGCUGCGGCCUAAACCAAACUACCACACUGAGUUCGAGUUCUCCAUGUCCAAGGGCAGACGAGAAGUCAUCGUUAACACCAAUGUCUCUGGGACGAUGCCUGAUUCAAGCUUCAGGCAUAACACUUAUGUGGAAGAGCUGGAUCCGUAUGGGUUCAAACUGAUCAUAAUGAGCUUCACCCUAACAGAGAACACAACAUUCAUAUGCAGAGUGACAAAUGAAGACAUGAGACUGUUUGUUGACGUGGAUGCCCUGCAGCACUGCUCUGCGAUCUGUGUGUUUCUUCAGAGUUACCCCUGGCUGCUGAGUCUCCUGCUUCCUCUCUGUAUUCUUCAGACACUGGAGGCCCUUUAAGCAUCACUCUGAAGCUCUGCUGCCCUCUGCCAAUAUAUCAGUGUGUCAGUUUCUCAGUGUCAUAUCAGUGAUGAAAGCCGAUCAUUAUAAUGCUCUGUAAUUUUACAGCACUAUUUUAGAUAUGUAAAGUAAGUGCCAAUA